CACACGCGGUGCGCCAUCUACAGCGACCGCUUCAUCCCCAGCAGCACCGGAUCCAACCUCGCGCUCUUCGACCUCGCCCCGGCCCCCUCCUCCUCUGCCUCCGGAUCUGCCGCUCCCCCCUCACCCUACUGCGCGCUCCUCCGUGCGGCGCUCUUCGGGCCCGACACGCCCGACCACCUCGCCUCCUCCGCCGGGGCCUCCUCCUCCUCCGCGGCCUCCCCCGUCGGCUACUGCUUCUGCCAGGUGCUGGAUGUGCCCGCAUUGCAGGACGACUUCUACCUCAACCUCGUGGAUUGGUCUUCGCACAAUGUCCUCUCGGUCGGAUUGGGGAAUUGCGUCUACCUGUGGAAUGCAUGCAGCAGCAAGGUCACCAAGCUCUGCGAUUUGGGGGCGGACGACACCGUUUGUUCCGUGAGUUGGGCGCAGCGUGGCACCCACCUGGCUGUAGGGACUAACCAAGGCACCGUCCAGAUAUGGGAUGCAACACGCUGUAAAAGAAUGAGAACCAUGGAAAGCCAUCGCAUGCGAGUAGGUGCUCUUGCAUGGAACUCUUCAUUGCUUUCUUCUGGCAGUCGUGACAAGAACAUCCUUCAUCAUGAUCUACACGGCCUUCUUGCAUCUGGUGGUGGAACUGCAGAUAGGUGCAUAAGAUUUUGGAAUACGACCACAAAUACACACUUGAGUUCCAUGGAUACAGGGAGUCAGGUCUGUAAUCUUGUGUGGUCAAAGAAUGUGAAUGAGCUUGUUAGCACACACGGAUACUCCCAGAAUCAGAUAAUAGUGUGGCGGUAUCCAACGAUGUCAAAGCUUGCCACGUUGACAGGACAUACAUUCAGAGUAUUAUAUUUAGCCAUCUCCCCUGAUGGACAGACAAUUUUUACUGGUGCUGGUGACGAGACGCUCCGGUUUUGGAACGUGUUUCCGUCUCCCAAGUCCCAGAGUUCUGACAGCUUAAGUAGCAUUGGAGCGACAUCAUUUGUUAGGAGCUACAUCCGGUGACUCGACGAAAUCGAGCUUAUAAGUUAUUGCGGCAAGUGCUGAUCGUCAUCAGCACCAUUCAAUUCCCACACGACCUCCUUCUGUCCAUCUGCCGCCGAAGCCAGCACCAUUUUAGAGAUUGCACGGCAGGGGAUGAUUGACUGGCUGGCUAGCGCGGAUCCGAUCCCCUCUCCCGCGCUGGAAGCGGCACAUAUCUAUUGUUGUUUAGCGGGAAAUUCCUCUUGUUUUAGCAACUGAGAAAUCUGUUGGCAUGUCGAUUAUGCGCUUGACUGAUGAUAUACAAGCUGUAGCUCUAUUCAGAACAUCAUGAAAUUCAGAACUGGACCUCGUUGGCCUGUGUCAAGGCAUGUGGAGGAAUUCAGAAUUUGGCCA